ACAGCAUCGAAGGGGUGGCGGAAAGGAAAACGGGGUACACCUCCCGGAAGUGGAGGUUGCCAUGAGAACGGGGCCCCGCAAGGACGCGUUACCGUGGCCGCCCGGGGACGGCUCCGAUGGAGCCGGACCCGGAGCCCGCGGGGCCGGGAGCGACCGAGGCGCCGGAGGUCGAGCACGAGGGCGCGGGGGAUCCGCGGUCCGCCCGGCCCUUCCUGGCCUGGAGCGCCGAGGAGGUGGCCGAGUGGGUGGUGCAGCUCGGCUUCCCGCAGUACGAGGUGCGGGACUGCCCGCCCCCGCCCUCAGCACCGCCCGAACCGGUGGCCGUGAACUCCGUGAAUGCUUCAGGGCCAACGGCAUCACCGGCCGCCGCCUCAUCCACGCCAACUGCUCCAACCUGCCCGCCAUGGGCGUCACAGAUUUCGGCCACAUGCAGGAGAUUUCACGACACAUACGAGAGUUGCUGGGAAUUGAGGAGCCUCUCUUCAACAGAUCCAUUGCCCUCCCAUACAGAGACAACAUGGGUCUCUUCCUGGAGCGAAAGUCCCCAUCAGGAAAGCAAGCAGAUGCUCUCACAUUCUCAGAGUUUGUCCAAGAAGCAGGACUCCAGCCCUAUAGUACAGUUCCUCCUUUGCAACCAGCCCAGACUGAGGUAGAAGCAGACACUCUCCCUAUAUCACAGGGCACCCAGAGGCAGGAUUAGAGACUCUCAUAGCACUUUCACCUUUGUAAGAAGCCCAGCAGGGACAGCAGAAUAUACCCUUACUUCCUUGAAGUUUGUCCAAGGAGGCACAGUUCCACCUUCUCCUGAUUAGAGAAGAGACCACUGCAGCUUUAGCUAUUUGAUGACAGCAAACACAUCCCCACAUUGUGAACUAAGUGAAGCAGAAACACAUCCCCACAUCCGCAAUGCUUCAUUUGCUUCCAGGAACUAAGUGA